AUGAAGCAGGGACGGUGUAGGAUGGCGUGCGCCGUAGUGGUGCUGAUGCUUUGCGCUGCCGCGCGCGUAUCUUCCUCAGCCUUCGUCGACGGUACGCCUAGAUUUUCUCUCCCUACAAGGCGGCGCCGCCGCCGCCGCGCGGGGGCUCUGUGGGUCGCAUGGAGUUUUGUUUUGGCCGGGGUGAUGGAUGGGCCUGAAGCUGAUAGCUUUCAAUCUGCGGCGAAGUCCAAGGCUCGUCUUGUUUCCGAUUUCUUCGCGUUCAGCGGUCGCCCUCUUAUUUCCCCGAUCAUCGGAGGAUCUACGAUGGACGGAAACCAUCUUCAUCAGCCAUGGCUCUACAACAUCCUUCGCCCUCUUCCUGAUUCGCUCGUUGCCAUUUUGAUAUCUGGUGCUUUCAAACUCUGGUUUACGAUUUCUCCGCCUUCGUAGUAGAUGAGAACGGCCGCCCCUCCAUUAUAGCUCACAUUUACUGCGGGGUAGAGAGAGAAAGUGCCAGGUUCUCCCCCCAUUUACUUCUGAAGAUUGCCCAGAGGAGGGCAGGAAAGGUGGCUACCACUGAUUUUCACUGGUGUGCGCAGGCUUGAUGGAGAACGGCAACUUCGAGAAGGGGCCGAAGAGGUCAGAGAUGAAGGGGACGCAGGUGGUGGGCCGCCACGCCGUCCCCGGUUGGGAGAUCUCUGGCUUCGUCGAGUACAUCGAGUCGGGCCACAAGCAGGGCGACAUGCUGCUCGUCGUGCCGGAGGGCGCCUUCGCCGUGCGCCUCGGCAACGAGGCCUCCAUCCGGCAGAAGAUCGCCGUGACCAGCGGUAUGUACUACGCCAUCACCUUCAGCGCCGCCCGCACCUGCGCGCAGGAGGAGAAGCUGAACGUCACGGUGGCUCCGGACUCCGGCGUGCUGCCCAUCCAGACCGUCUACAGCAGCAAUGGCUGGGACUCAUACUCAUGGGCCUUCAAGGCCCCCUCACCCCUCGUCGAGCUUGUCAUCCACAACCCCGGCGCUGAGGAAGACGCCGCCUGCGGUCCCCUCAUCGACUCCAUCGCCAUCAAGGAGCUCUACCCACCGGCCUUGACCAACAGUAGGCUCCUCCUCUUGCUCCUCCCCAAACAGCUAAAGCUUGAUGUGAACUUCAAUUUAUUUACUUCUGAGCAGAGAAUCUGCUGAAGAACGGAGAUUUCGAGGAAGGCCCCUACGUCUUCCCCAACGCGCCGUGGGGGGUUCUGAUCCCCCCCAACAUUGAGGACGACCACUGUCCUCUUCCCGGAUGGAUGGUGGAGUCGCUCAAGGCGGUGAAGUACAUCGACGCCGCCCACUUCUCCGUGCCACAGGGGCAGCGCGCCGUGGAGCUGGUGGCCGGCAGGGAGAGCGCGCUCACGCAGGUGGUCCGCACCGUGCCUGGCAAGCUCUACGCCCUCAGCUUCGCCGUCGGCGACGCCAGCAACGCCUGCGAGGGGUCGAUGGUGGUGGAGGCCUUCGGCGGCGGGGAUACCGUCAAGGUCCCCUACCAGUCCAAGGGCAAGGGAGGAUUCAAGAAGGCGGUGCUCCGGUUCACGGCGGCGGAGCACCGGACCCGCGUCAUGUUCUUCAGCACCUUCUACCACACCCGCAGCGACGACUUGAGCUCCCUCUGCGGCCCGGUGGUCGACGACGUGCGGCUGCUCAGCGUCCGCUCCUCCCCGCGGCGGGUCGGCGGCGGCGGGAGGUAA